AUGUCAAGUGAUAUCUCCAAUAUCUUAAUUGCAUGUCUUGAUGUCGAUUCUUCAUUAAUAUCAUCAGAUUCAUCGUACUUAGUGGAAUUAUUUGAUGAUGAAUGUGUUUGUAUCACUGAUCUGCUAUCUAUAACUGAUAGAUAUGUUUAUUUCAUUGUAUCAAGUUCAGUUGGUAAAUAUAUUGUUCCAUUAAUUUAUCAACAUCGAUGUGUCGAACAAAUAUAUAUAUAUUGUCCAGAUGAUAAUCAAUCAGAUCCUUCAUGGACGACUCAUUUUCCAAAAAUUAAAGAUUGUUGGACUGAUUAUAGUAUACUUGUUUCUCAAAUAUAUAAAGAUAUCAAAUCGAUCCUUUCGCGAUCAUCACUCUGGUCAAAUGAAGAACUAAUUGAUAGAUGUUACACUCAAACUUUAAUUAAACCAUCGAAUUGGUCGUCUGUUUCGUUAGAUUUAUCAAAUGUGCAAAAAUAUUCAAUCUCAAAUAAACAAAUUCGUAUCAUUGUUUUGCAUUGCGACAAUUAUGCAUUGUUUCAUACAGACAGUCAACGUUUCCAUCUUUCAGAAUUUCUCAAUGUCGUCAAAUGUGUAGAAUAUCUUGAAACAACUGAUAUUAGAUCUGUAUUUUUGAUUAUUUCUGGCGAAAUCAAGAGCAUCAUGCGUGAUCUGAGAAAAAUUACGGUAUCAAGACAAAUUUAUGCAAUCUAUUUAUUUGUACCGUCUAUCGAUCAACAAAAACUGGACAAGACUCUAUGUAGUUAUAAAGAAAUCGGCAGAUUAUUCGAUAAUCUCCAAUUCCUACUCACGUGUUUAACUGCCGACAUCAAAUUUUACUUGGAAAAACCACUUUAUAUACCUAUAGUAUCGAUAUUUGCUUCACAAAAUAAAAUAGAAGAUAAUGAUGAAUUGUGUCUUACAGGUAAACAAACAAAGUUUGCUGCGUUUCAAUUAUUUGUAAAUACUUUACAUGAAGCGCCUGCUUCUAUUUGUCGCGAUCAAAAACUGUGCGAUCGUUGUUUCACUUUGGUAGAAAAUGAAUCAGACAGUGAAAAUGCUCUAGAAAUUCUAAAAGUUCAGCCAAAUAAAAUCUUCGAUUGGUUCAUAAAUGUUCCGUUCUUGUCUGUUAUCAUAAAUAGUUUCUUACAAGAACAAUUUCCUCAAAAUCUUCUUGAUAUCCAACAACUGCUGAAGACUAUUGAUCAAUGUUUUGCUGAAUUGUCUCCGACGACUUCGUCUGCUGUUGUCUAUAGAGUUCAAUUUUUAUGCGAGAAAGACUUAAAAACAAUCACUGAAAAUGUUAAAGAACUGGUUGCUUUUCAUACAUAUCUGUUGACUACAAAAGAUGUAUUGACGGCGAGAACAAUUGCACGGCAAGCUGCUGAUCGUGGAUUGUUGGUUAUCAUAUUUCAAAUUGAAAUUUCUGCACAGACACGUGUACUAGCACUGAACAAUAAUCGGUUAAUGUUUCCAUUUGGCAGUAUCUUUUCUAUUCGAUCUGUCGAUUUAGCACCUGAUGGUGUCUGGUAUGCUCAAUUAAAAUAUGAUGAUUCGUAUUUUCAAUCAAUUCAAGCACGAUUACAGCUGCAAAUGGGUGAACAACUCACUUGGUUAACACUCGGCAACUAUCUGUGCGCUCUGAAUCACUUCAAUGAAGCUAAAUCGUACUAUGAUUAUCUAAUAAGUGCACUGCCCAAAAAUCAUCAGGCACUUCCAUCAAUUUAUAACAAUAUGGGAUUAAUGUUUGCAGGAUCAGGUGAUGAUAAAAAAGCAGCAACAUAUUACGAGAUCGCCAUGAAUUUACUUGAUAAGAUGCCUCCAAAUACAGAUCAGAAUUCACAAGGUGUUUGUUUGAGAACUUUAUCUCAAGCAAUCGAAGAUAUAACGGCUGUUGAUUAUUGCAUAUUGUAUGAUAAAAUGGCUGAGGUGUAUCUUCGUCAAUUGAAAGUUGAAGAAGCUCUGAAAUGUUAUCGAAAGGCACUUGAAUUAGCAACUAAUCCUUUAUCGCGUGUUCAUUUUGAACAAAAGAUUAAAAAUAUUCUUGCUUCUAUAUAA